AUGCAGGAAGAAAAUGUCGUGUCCCACGCGAAGGGAGAAGCCAUUGGGCGACUCUGGGACGGAAUCGGAUGCAAGGAUUACUGGCGCCCGUUCGACCAGUUCAAGCAACAGCGGGGCAAUCCAUCUAUAUGCAAAGAUUAUGUUGGAAUGAUUGUGGAGCAUUUUAAUAGCCAUGUACGAUAUGGGGCUGCAAUGGCACUUGGAAUUGCCUGUGCUGGCACUGGAUAUAAGGAAGCAGUUUCACUGCUUGAACCACUCCUUUCCGCCAAGGAGAACUAUGUAAGGCAAGGAGCUGUCAUUGCUCUUUCCUUCAUUUACGUACAACAGAUUGACGUUAGUUGCCCAAAGGUUGGCGAAUUCCGCAAGCAACUCACUAAGAUGACCACUGAGAAAGGGGAAGACUCUAUGGCUAGAUUUGGAGCGAUCAUUGCGCAGGGGAUUCUUGAUGUUGGUGGGCGCAAUAUGACUAUUGCUCUGCACAAUCGGUCAGGCACAAUGGAUAUGGCUGGAGCCGUAGGAAUGAUGCCCACCUGCUUGAUUGCGCUAACGAAGGAUCUUCAGAUGCCGAAAAUUGAAUUCAAAUGUAAUGCCCGAGCAUCGCUGUUUGCAUAUCCGCCCCCGCUUGAAUCGAAGAAGAGGAGGAACACGAAAAGGUGGAGACUGCAGUUUUGUCAAUUAGUCAUAAAAAAAGGCAGCUAA